UAUACCUUUACGGCUUAUUGUUCCCUUUCUUUAAGGUCUUUGACAACGUUGAUGUCAAACCAGAAGUAUACUUGGCAGCACGUCAUGUUUAACAUCCACUAUACCGACAGCAAACACGAGAACCAUGUUAGAGGUGGAAACAUCAGAAAAGUAAAUCAGAAGUCCACUUCUUUUUGUAGUCAUCUGGACAUUGACGAUCAAGACUAUCCUCAAACUGCCCUCUUUACCUGUCAAGACUCAGAUCAGAAAAUUGAAGGUCACGUGAUUACCAAUCUAGCCACCUGCGAUGUAAGGCACUGCGGUAUGGUUUGUUCCAGACAUGCGCAGUGCGUUUCGUUCAAUUAUUGUGACUCAUCAAAUACGUCGUGCAAUUCCUUUCCGUCAAACUGUGAGCUGAACAGUUCUAAAUAUGGACAGAAAAGCAAAAGAGGAGAAAGUUUUAAAUUCUGUGUUCUUCUUAGGAAAUUUUAGCUAGUAGUUCUCAUCUUUGAGUAAUAUGAUAACUAUGAUAACAUGAUGACGAUGAUACGAUAACACCUACAGUCGACUCUCCCGUAAGCGAUCACCCCGGGGCCAGGAGAAAGUGGUCGCUUACAGGAGAUGGUCGCUUACUAGAGAGUUAACACAGGAAGCCCAAACAAUGGGAAUCCCAACACAGGAAGCCUCAACCAUUUAUAAUUUGUAACUCACGUGUUAAAACUAACGAUUUAACUGUUUGGAUUAACGAUUAA